GUUAGGGAUGAAAUUGAGCAUCUAUUGGAUAAUAACGAAGAUAUGCCCCAGUUUUAUCUGACAAGAAAGCAAAUGCAGAGUCAUCAACUUGAAGCAGCAUUGGCCGCUGCAACUUCAAUCAGCACAGUUCCUGCUCCACAAUAUGUAAGGUUAAACUCUCAAGCUGGAGGCAGCUCAAGCUCUGUUAGUUUUCCUUUAGAUGAGAACAAUGUGGAGGAUUUAGAAAUGAUGUUUGAGGCUUCCUUCAUGCAAUUGGAGGGGACCCGUAAUAAAAUCUUGGCGAUGAGGGAAUACAUUGAUGACACAGAACAUUAUGUGAAUUUUCAGCUGGAUAAUCAAAGAAAUGAACUGAUUAAACUUCAGCUGUUUUUGGGCAUCUUCUCAUUCGCAAUGGGAGUCGACUCGAUGAUAGCCGGACUAUUUGGUAUGAACAUUCCGUGCUCAUUGUUCAACAUUGACAACCUGUUCCCCUCAUUCGUCGUCGGAUCAACAGCAGUUUCUUUCCUCAUCUUCUUGCUCCUGCUGCUAUAUGCUAGAUGGAAGAAGCUGCUUGGUUCCUAAAGGAACUUGCUUCUUGCUUUUGUUUGUUCAUUGCAAAAUCCUUGACCAAGAUUCAUUAUUUUUGGGGAGUGUUUACAUACAUAUCACACAAGUAUUAUGUAUUUACAUAUAUAACAUCUAAACAUUGAUAUUUGC